ACUUGGAAUGAUUUCAUUUGGGUCUUGCUCUGGAUUUGCAUUACAUGCUUUUAAUUACACUUUUGAACUUACUGCCUUUGGUCUUUGAGAAUAUUGCGAUUGGCAGGCCGGCUUUUAUUUGAGCUUAAUUUGUUCUUUUUGUUCAUUCUAUGGUCUUAUUCAAGCCUCUCUAGAAAUGAUACUGCAUGCUAAGGGUCCAGGGACAGGCUUGGCAUGUAGUUUCUUGGGUGAUGUGGGAUUUCGAUUGCAUGUCGAUCGUGGUGAAUGUUGCUUAUAAUUACAACUUAUGUUUUAUAUAUGAUGAAACUGAAAAUAUAUGGUGUCCUUCCUUAUUUAUUUUUGCACAUUUGGCUUUUGCUAUUUUAUCAGUUGGUGACAAAGUUUCUUAAUUUGUUGGGGAAUUUGCAGCUAAUUUACAAUAUUCUUUGUGAUAUUUCAGGGAGUAUUCUGUAUUCUGAUUCAGAGUGUUGUAAACAUUAAAAUUCCUGAAAUUUAUUAGGAGUAGAUAAGAAAUGGCAUUAGGGGAGAUGACCAACUUGCAAACAGGGAACCAGAAGUUGAAGAUCAGGAAUGGAAUAAAAUCUGCUCACAUGACACGCAUUAUCGGUAGGAAGAGAGUUCUGGUUCCUGGUCACAUGGGGGAUUCUUGUUUUUCUCCUCCAACUGCCACUCCAACACAGAAGCGGCUGCAGAGAAGAUCUCCAAUUAAAGGAAUAAUAUUGAAUCUCCUAGAGGCACUGCCCCAAGACAUUUUGGUUAAGACACUAUGCAAGGUGGACCAUAGUGAUCUGAAGCAGCUGCUUCUAGUGUCCAAGUCUGUAAAUGAAGCUACUUUGGUUGCAAAGGAUGUGCAUUUUUCUUUCAGUACUCCUUCAAAGUUUGGUAACAACGGAAGAGGUAGUAGUGAUUUGUGGGGGGAAACUGAUGUUGAAGAAGGUUUAGAGACUCCAGAUGCUCCAAAGCAACGCAGGGCUGCCAAAUCACGUAUUGAUCGCAGUAAGCUCGCCAGCAUUUCCGUCGCUCUUUUCACAUCUCCUGACGAUUAUUAACGAUCCGGAGAAUUAAUUAAUUAUAUAGCUGUGUAUAUAUGGCAAACAUUUUUGUAGACAAAGGCAUACAUUACACAUGUACAGUGUUUCCCAGACAGACCUGUAAAUUAAAGUAAAGUAAUUUGUAGAUAGCUAAUUGGCCAUAAUUCAUUUCUUCAAUGCCUUUAUUGAAGAUAGCUAAUUGGCUUUUAUUUUUCUUUAGUUAUUUAUCCUGGAAGUAAUGUUAGAAGAGCAUCCAUCUCUUCUACGUAUCCAGGAAUGGAGGCCCUCUCUGUGUACUUGUAUUAUCUGAUAA